GUUUCGCUGUGGUAUAUUUUGUCAUUAUGAGAUGUCGUCUACCAGUGCUUCAUUUGUGCAAAUUAGAUUUGAUGACUUGCAGUUUUUUGAAAACUGCGGCGGAGGAAGUUUUGGGAGCGUCUAUCGAGCCCGAUGGAUUUCUCAGGACAAGGAAGUGGCUGUGAAGAAGCUGCUCAAAAUAGAAAAGGAGGCAGAAAUACUCAGCGUGCUCAGUCACAAAAACAUCAUUCAGUUCUAUGGAGCUGUCAUCGAACCUCCAAAUUACGGCAUAGUUACAGAGUAUGCUUCUGCUGGCUCACUGUUUGAUUACAUUAAUAGUAACAAAAGUGAAGAGAUGGAUAUGGAUCAUAUAAUGACCUGGGCAACUGACAUAGCUAAAGGCAUGCACUAUUUACACAUGGAAGCUCCAGUCAAAGUAAUCCACAGAGAUCUGAAGUCCAGGAACGUUGUUAUAGCUGCUGAUGGCGUGUUAAAGAUCUGUGAUUUUGGUGCCUCAAGGUUCCAUUCACAUACAACACACAUGUCGUUAGUUGGUACUUUUCCAUGGAUGGCCCCAGAAGUUAUUCAGAGUCUCCCAGUGUCGGAGACGUGUGACACGUACUCAUACGGAGUGGUUCUCUGGGAGAUGCUAACAAGGGAGGUCCCCUUUAAAGGCUUGGAAGGAUUACAAGUAGCUUGGCUUGUAGUGGAAAAAAACGAGAGAUUAACCAUUCCAAGCAGUUGUCCCAGAAGUUUUGCAGAACUGAUGCAUCAAUGUUGGGAAGCUGACUCAAAGAAAAGGCCAUCUUUCAAGCAGAUAAUUUCAAUUCUGGAAUCCAUGUCAAACGACAGCAACCUUCCAGACCAGUGCAAUUCAUUCCUGCAUAACAAGGCAGAGUGGAGAUGUGAAAUUGAGGCAACCUUAGAAAGACUAAAGAAACUGGAGCGUGAUCUGAGCUUUAAAGAGCAGGAACUAAAGGAACGGGAGCGACGUCUGAAGAUGUGGGAGCAGAAGUUAACUGAACAGUCCAAUACUCCUUUUCUCUUACCUCUUGCUGCAAGAAUGUCUGAGGAGUCUUACUUUGAAUCUAAAACAGAGGAGUCAAAGAGUGCAGAGAUGUCAUGUCAGAUCACAGCAACAAGUAACGGGGAGGUAGCUGGCAUGAACCAAAGUCUGAAGGCCUUGAUGAUGACGGGCUUUGGGGAUGUCUUCUCUCUGAACCAAGCAGGAUCUGUCCUGCGUUCUGGAAUGCAGAUAAACAUGCAAGCCAAAAAGAAUUCUUCUAAAACCACCUCUAUGAGAAAAGGAAAGAAAAUCAACAUGGCUUUGGGUUUCAGUGAAUUCGACUGGUCAGAUGACGAUGAUGAUGAUGAUGAUUUUGAUGACACAGAUGAUAGCAGCGAAUGAAAUCAGUUACAGAAUUAAAUUUGAAAUCGGUUUUAGCAAAGCAAAACAAUAAAGUUUGAGAACAAGAAUCCUGUCAGUUUGGUCUGUUCAAAUCCUGUAAAAGAAAAAAAGUGAGACACUUUCCAGGCCGAGCAUGUUUGUGUGUAGGAAGACAUUGUUCUUGUUUAGACUGCGUUGACUUAUUUCUAUUUUGAUGAAAUUUGGUACUAAACUUCCAAAGUAAUUGAGAUUACUAUUAAGAAAUAUGAUUAUGUCUGUAAUUCUUGAUGCCUGAUUACAGAAACUAUGGCUUGAUAAACUUAAGAACUGAAAACACUGGGGGAAACUUCAAUGCCUUUAAUGCAAUUAAUGUACUGCAAAUUUUUCUGGGUUUUUUUGUUGUUGUUGCUUGUCACUAUCUUUACCCCUUUAAUUGUCAAUCAUAUGAUACACUUGUGCUUUCAGAUUUGCUGUUCUCCGCAAUCCAAUCUUUCUCACUGUUGCAGUGAAGGGGUUUGCUGUGUUUCUAUUUUAAAGCUUUUUCAAGGUGAGGUUGUGGGAAGUCACAAAUACGUUUCUAGGAAAAGAGAAGCUUAGCUGAGAGAAAUAAAAGGGUAAGCUAAAUAUACAGUUUAAAAACCAAGUAGCAGCAGAAUCCAGAUAAUCCCUAUUAGUAGAUGGUUUGUAUAAAUGCUUUUCCCCUUGCGUGUGUGUGCAUGUGUAUAUAAUUCACUCUAGCAAAGUGAAUCGCAAUCAGACUUCUGCAUCCAUUAUCAGAUAUUGUGAUCUAGAAGCUAAUUUUCAGUUAUGUUGAUGUAAAUUCAGGAAGCCUCGUUAACUUUGAUGUACUUACUCUGGUACCUGAGAGUAAAAAUGGGUGUUAGCAAAUUUUGAUUCUGUUGCUUCUCUUAAGGCACGUGUGCUAUCCUUACAAAAGGACAAGGAAAAGUCAUGGUGACAUUUCAGCUUGGACCCUGCUUCCGUGGCUUGUGUGAAAUUCUCAGUGGUGGCAGCAAUAUGAGGAAUAUUUACAGUCCCUGAGUAUGUGGGGUUUUUUUUCAGCUAAAUCACUUCUAAAGCAUUGCCACUACUGUUAUGACUUUCCAUAAAACUCGGCAUGUAACAAUCUGCUGCAAUAAUUGCCUGCCAGGCACUUGUGUUGAGAGCAGUGAGUAUUUUUCUCCUGAUGACCCCUUUAGCAGUAAUGCAGGAGGAGGGAGGGAAACCAGCACAAACACGAAUGCAGGUUAGAAAGGAAGCUGAUGUAAAAUAUUUGCCCAAGGAAGAAGGACAGCAUUUUAAAAGAGAAAUGUUACUGUCUUGUUCAGCUACAGUGGGAAAUUCCAUAAGGAAUACAGUCAAAAUUCCAUUCUCUGUUACUGGAGGGGUUUCUUUUAUGAAAACUUCUGGUUUUGAGCGGCUUCUUUAAUUAUAGGCUUGUCUGUUACACAGCUCUAACCUAUGUAUUAUAUGAGCAUUUUUGUAGAUUGCUUAGAGAAAAAUGGAUACAUUAGAUAACAGCAGGCCUGAAAUCAUUGCAUGUUCAGACAACAAAAGAGAAAGUUCUUUGAAGGAGUUUUCCCAGAGUGAUGAGUGGGGCACUUCUUUGCGAUGUGAGACAGAAUUGUUUUAUUCUGAAACGCCAGCACUGGUCUGGUAGCCUGCGAGGCAGUGAGUGCUUCAGCCGGAGCUGGCAUGCUCCACUCAGUUUUCACCAGUCUUGGCCCUCCAGAAUGCUUCCUUUCAAGUAGGAUAUCAUUCCUCAUUCCCCUUCUUCCUAACAGUUGCAGGUUCAUUGGCUUGAAGAUAACCCUCAAGUAUCAGGAGGCUAUUUCAUGUCUGAAUUGUAAUAUACAUGAUGUGAUAAGCUUACUCCAUAUCCUGGAGGCAACAUGCUCUUUAGACACAGGUAGGGAUGGCAUUUUAGGUCCAUCAAAGCAAUCUGACUUUAGAGAGAAGAGAUGCUGAAAGAAUAAACUGGAAAUAAGAACAAAUAGGCUAUUUCCAGUGCAGAUUUGCACUCUUUCUAUAAGUUUAUGUCUGCUAACACCCAGAGCAGUUAUAUUAUUUUUUUUAACUUCCACAUUGCACACAGGAAAAUUUGACCUAAUGUGUACACUUAAGAUGUGUGUUGUUGCACGUAGAUUAUUGUACCACAUAUGCAGUGUUGUACAGCUUUAACUGAAAACAAAAUUUCAUUCAGUUUGAUUAGCGUUCAGAAAUUACUUGUCCCUAGCACUGAUGUUUUGCACUUUUUUUAGGAUCUGACACUCUCAGAGCACUUUAUACAUAUUUAUAUUUGUGUAAGUUUUAAUUGAAUUUUUUACAUUCACUCCUUAGUGUUUACAGAAUUAAAAAUAGUCCUUGAGUAGUACACUACAGGAAUUCUUAGUUAAAAAAUACCCAAAUUUGGGUCUCUUUUCAAAUUUUUAUACUUACCACCCAUGUGUGUGUCUUAUUUCAGCAGAAUAUUAUCAGAAUUUGGUAACAUGCCCCUAGGAGUUUUGGCUAUUUAUUUAGUUCCAGUUCUUUUAUGGGGAAAAGAAAUAGAAAGAAAAAAAGAUUUUAUUCUUUACCUUGUACACACUUUGCUUCUCAAAGCAAGUUUAGCUGUAUUAAGAAAAAAUUUAGACUCUCUUAAAACAACUUGCUUCAUGCUUAAAGUAGCAAAGAUCUCUGAAUUGUAAAGAAAGUUAAGAUAUGACAGAUAACAUAUGAUAGGCUCUGUUGGUGCAGUUCUAUCAUCACAGUAUUAUACUUAGGAUAUUGGCUAUGCUUAUAAGAAAGAAACGAUACUGAUUGAAUUUUUACUUUCUGUGAUGGCUUUCGUAACAGAUGUCUGCAGUUUACAAGCCAAAAAUUGCAUGUGAGAAUCAGCUUGUUGUUUCUGCCUCUGACAAUCUCCUAGCUAGAUAAAGAUUUUGGAAGCAUCUCUGGUGGCAGGUGUGUUGUUUGGAGGAGAUCAUAAUAUUUUCAUCUUCCAGACCUGAUUUUGCUCUGCCGUGUAGUCUGGCCUGUUUUCUGCCUGUGUCAGCAGCACAGAAGUCCACAGCCACUUGCUGUGCCAGCUUAGGAAAGCAUUUAUCAAACCCCAGAAGUAUUUCUCUGGCUACUCUGGGCUGUGAGCAAAAGCACCCAAAGCCUUCCCAUGCUUCACGCACCCCUAAGCACACUCAUCUCCAUCGGUCCUUUUGGGGUCCCAGAUUUCUCUGCCUUUCAUAAAGUUCUGCAGGUAUCUGCAGCAGAAUGGUUUUGCUGUACUUGACAGAGGGGAAAUGCAAGAACUGGGCCUCAGCUUCUCAUUUUCACCAGGCUGUUGUUCUGCCAACAUUUACUAGGGUGGCUCAAGAGAAGAAUGGUGAGGAUUGUCUGUUGGCUCGCUUGAAGAUACAGAAUGAGCUGGGACCAAGACAGGAUGUCCUAACUCCCAACUCUGUUUCUUUUCCUUCAGCGUUGGGAGAAAAAACAGGGGAGGAAUUAAUGGCGUAAAACUCUUAAUCUGGUCUUUUUUUGUGACUUGAUUUGACCAGUUUUGUGAUCACUAAUUCCUUGGAUGUAUGGGGUGUAGGUGGUGCAUCCCCAGCUGGCUGGAGGCCUGGCCUGGAGUUUGUCCCAUCUACCUAUGGAGGCUUUGGGGAGGUGAAGUCUGGAGUAGCUCCUUGUCUCACAGUCUUGUUUGACUUGUCGUUAUUGUUUGAGAAGUUCUGUUAGAUGUUGAUUCCCUCUCCUUCUAGAUGUUGAAACAGUUAUUAAGAAUUAAAUAUUUGUUAAAAUAACAAGUCAUUUUGCUCUCAGCAGUAUUAGUAAAUCUAUAGUGUGCAUACUGCUAUUCAGUAUGCAGCAGAGUCACCGUGUCUUUAAUACUGUAGUUUCUUUUUCUGUAAUCAGGCAGCUUUUACAGGUUUUCAAUAGGACCUCUAACUUGACAGAGGUUUUGACUACAGUCCUAUUUCAGGUAAAAAGAUAAGUUCAUUUAGUAAUUUUCACAGCCCUUAAAAUGCACUAGUAGGAAUCUGGAGGAGAAUCCUUUCUCCUUUUCCCCAGACUUCGACUUGGUGUAUACACUGUAAAAUCUGCACAGAGAUUUCUGAUGUGUGAAGAUUUAAUUUUGAAAAUGUAGAACCAACAACCUUCUUUAAACAUUUUGUAUUGUGUGCUAACUAUCCAUAUGCCUUUGAAAGUCAGAUAUAGUCCACUGCAUUUCUUGCUUUUGCACUACUGAAAAAGUUUUGUACUGAAUUAUAGAAAUUGAUGCCACUUACACUUCAGGUGUGAACGGAUGAAAUUUGGAUAGAAGAUAUUUUCAAAAUAAUCAUUCUCCCUUCUGAGAAAAUGGUGAGCACAGUGCCUGUGCCAAGACUCUUGUGCUGUAAACUGAAUAUAUAAUUUGUGUGGAACAUGCAAUGUUACACUUCUGUGUGGUAAAACCUUGCAGCGUCAGUUACUCUCUUUAUUGCACUUGACAUAUGAUGUCUUGUUUUAUUCACACUGUGGAUUUGAUUUUCCAGUGUAAAAACAUAGCAUACAACCAAAAAGAAACCAUGCAAUGUAUUCAAUUUCCUCAAUUGGUGUCAUGAACUUUCUAUUGAUGUGAACUUUUUCCUUUGCUUCUCUUUGUUCCAAACUCUAUUUUGCAAUAAACAUUUUGACAGUAAAUUUUA